AUGGAAUACAAGUGGGUGACUGACAAACAGUUUGUGGCCAGUGAGGCGUGGAGCACAAGUGAUGAUCUUCUCAAAGAUCCGGCCACUUCUGUAGUCACAAGGGGUGUGAUUGGUGUGGCCAUUCGAACAGACAGUUUGCUUCGAAAAGCUUCUCAACCACCCUGCAGUGGUACAGAGUCCCUGGAGGGAGUGCAGAAUCACUUCACUGAUACAUCUCAGCUCAGGGUGACCUAUAAUGUCUACCUUGCUGUUUACGCUGCAGCACACGCCCUUCACACGCUUCUCUGCCAUGGCAGAGACAGCUCACCUGGAAACAACAGCCCCACCUGCUCUUCUCCAAAAAACAUCAAAUCCAUUGAGCUGUUGCAGCACUUAAACAACGUGAAUUUCACAACGCCACAGGGUGAAAUGUUUUAUUUCCAAGACGACGACACUCCAGCAAAGUACGACCUUGUCAACUGGCAGAACACCCCCGAGGGAUCACUCACACUUGUUGUGAUUGGUCGUGUCGAUGGAUUUGACCUCCACCUAAACGAGUCAGCUAUUCAGUGGAGCACCAAGUCCAGUCAGGUGCCUACUUCAGUGUGCAGUGAGAGCUGCCCCCCAGGCACCCGAAAGGCCAGCAGGAAAGGAGAACCUCUCUGCUGCUUUGACUGUAUCCCAUGUGCUGAUGGGGAGAUUAGCAAUCAAACUGGUUCCCUUCACUGUGAGCGUUGUCCAUUAGAGUUUUGGUCCAAUGCUAAACGAACUGCCUGCAUCCCUCGCCACCUGGACUUCCUUUCCUUUAAUGAAACUUUGGGGAUUGCCCUGACUACAGCAGCUGUGUCUGGUACCAUGGUGACAACAGCUGUAUUUGUAGUUUUUGUUUACUACCGUCAAACACCUAUGGUACGAGCCAACAAUUCAGAACUGAGCUUCCUGCUUCUCCUGUCGCUGAAGCUCUGCUUCAUGUGCUCACUGGUGUUCAUUGGUCGCCCAUCAGUCUGGGCUUGUCGGUUCCAGCAGGCAGCUUUUGGGAUCAGCUUUGUACUUUGUGUUUCCUGCCUUCAAGUUAAGACCAUAGUAGUUCUGGCUGCUUUUCGCUCAGCUCGGCCUGGUGCUGAAACCUUGAUGAAGUGGUUUGGUCCGGGCCAACAGAGAGGAAGCGUUUGCCUCUUUUCCUUUUUACAGGUUUUUAUUUGUUUUAUGUGGCUGACACUCAGCCCCCCUGUGCCUCAAGCUGACUUGGAUAUCCCAGGGUUAAAGGUCACCCUCAAGUGUGCCACGGCCUCUGUGGUGGGCUUCUCUCUGGUUCUAGGUUACAUUGGCCUGCUGGCCUGCACCAGUCUCCUUUUGGCCUUUCUUGCUCGUAAACUCCCUGACAACUUCAAUGAGGCCAAACUGAUCACCUUCAGCAUGCUGAUAUUCUGUGCUGUCUGGAUAGCUUUUGUCCCUGCUUAUGUUAGCUCUCCUGGAAAAUAUGCUGUUGCUGUGGAGAUUUUUGCAAUUCUCGCCUCUAGCUACGGUUUACUUUUCUGUAUCUUUGCUCCAAAGUGUUUCAUCAUUCUUUUGAGGCCAGAUAAAAAUACUAGGAAACACCUCAUGGCUAGGUAGCAUACAAUAUUAACAAUGCACCUAAUUCAUAAUUUUCUUAUCAAUCUGCCUGCAUUUAUUCAAUUUAAAUAAGACUAGCUACUAUUUAUUAGU